AUGGUGAUUGAGCUGGAUGAUGAGGAGACGGUGGAUCCUGUAUUGUCACCUCUAGCUCCGGCUUUUGCAAGAACGUCAGGGACUGUUUCUACUGUAAUUGAGCCAAGUGAUACACCUGCUGAACCAGAUAUUGAGCCAGAUCAUGAAAGACUGAAAUUGGUGAAGAACGUGGUGGUGAUCGAGAAAGACAUGGGCAACAGCAGAAAAGAAAGAGGUGAAAACGUCGAGUUGAAGGCGACUAAAACGUCGGGUGGAGACAAUGCUGGCGUCGUGGACGAGUUAACUCCCGAGGAAGCUACAUGCACAGCGUGUAGUACAGUGAUAGGGCAACUCGAUGUGUUGCAACAACAGGUACAUUUGAACGAGUGCAUCGGUGGUCGCGUUACGAUCACGACUGCUAAUGUUGCUGCUCCGUUUACGGCGUCUACGGUCAAGAACGAUGCAAAAACAAAGACUCGGAAACGGGAAAAUGGUGGAAGUGGACCCACACGUACUAAAAAGCCACGAAAGCCAAAAACAUGUGAUAACGAUGAUUCCAUUGCAGCUGUUCCGAAGACCAAAAGGACGAGAAAGCGGAAGCGAGUCGAUACAGGCGGAGACAUCGUGCUAGCACUGGCAUUAACAGACGCCUCGAAGAUAGAUAAGGAGCAGCAGACAGACUUGCAACUUGCAGGGACGAGGAAAAAAAUUGAAGAGCUUGACGAACAAAUGGCGAAGCUGGCGAAGCGGCGCGUUAAUCUUGUAAAAACGCUGAGCAGACUAGAGAAAACAAAGGAGAAGCUACGAACAUCGCAAGUAUUACCUCCAGCAAAGGUGCUUAAGCUUCUGGAUCUAAAAACUGCUUUGAAUGUCAUUUUUCCAAACAACCGCCAGGUGCAUCCGUGGGAUCAGCGUGUAUACACAAAACAAACGGAGCGCAGUUCUGUCGUAGCAAUGCGAUAUACGCCAUUGAGGUGGAGUGAAAGUAGCAAAAAUGUCGAUUGUGACGAAUCGAAGCAUGCUGAAUUGGCGGCAGUGGCCGCCAUUUCUAUGUGGAAACGCGCUUCGCAGCAGCUUUUUGGGCUACAGCGUGAUUCGCUAUUGUACCGUAACAGCGUUCUGCGGGCAUUUCUUGGAGGUGAUGAGAAUGCUGAAUGUGGUGGCAUCGAUACGGAUGGCAGCGUCGAUAUGGAAAAUAGCCAUAACGUCGACAAUGAAGACACUGAUACCAAUUUUGAACGCGAAGCAGAAUACGAAGGAAAGUCUGAGCUUGUACCCGUGCUUUCUGAUUACACAAUGGACUGGACACGAACCUACUCGGAAGUUCCGGACGUCGUGAAGCAAGUGUUCCCAAAUUGGCAGCGCGAUUUAGAGUUUCUCCGUGAUCAGCCUGCGGAGGAGAUUAAGAUGGCUCUUAAUGCUAUGAACGAUGCCCAAGCGGAAGCUGAUGCCAUGGUUAUUGACAAUAACGAGCAGCACGAUAGGGAAGGCUGUAGUGCAAGGAUGAGCCCUAGACACGUUACUACAGGAUCUGAUACACUAUCAGGUCGAGAAGAACAGCGGCUUGCCUGUAAGUUCAUGGCGCAAGUGAUGAAGCAACUGAUUGUCGAAAAGAGGCAGCGUCCCUGUAACGAUGAAGCAAUGCAGCAGCAACAGACUGGAAUGAAUCUGGUUGGUUCUGAGGCGGAGGAGUGUCAACAACUCGAGCUGCAGUCCGUCAUUGAUGUCAGUGAGAACGAGGUGGACGAGGAGCUGUACAAUCGAUCCCGUCAGGAGCAGCUACCAAAGGCUGUUCCAGCAAAUGGGGAUGAUAUUGAUCAAUGCGACGCGUGA